AUGAGACUCUCGACGAUCGCCGCGGGCGUCAUUGCCUGCAUGGUCACCGAUGUCGCGGCCACGGCGCUGACGUACAAGCUGACGGCCAACGAGAAGGCCUGCUUCUACACGGACACCAAGAAGGACAACGAGAAGAUUGCUUUCUACUUUGCGGUCCAAUCGGGCGGUUCGUUUGAUGUCGACUACAUCGUCGAGGGCCCUGGUGGCAAGGUCAUUCUCGAGGGCGAAAAGGAGCGGAGCGGCGACUUUGUCUUUACGGCCAAGCAGGCCGGCGAGUACUCGUUCUGCUUCGACAACGAGAUGAGCACGUUUGCCGAGAAAUACGUCGACUUUGACAUUUCGGUCGAGAACGAGUCGCGCACCGCGCAGAUCCCGUCGAAGCAGGGCACGUCGCCAGAGCAGACAUCGGUGCUUGAGGAGUCCAUCUUCAAGAUCUCGGGUCAGCUGUCCACCAUCUCACGAAGCCAAAAGUACUUCCGCACGCGCGAGAACCGCAACUUCAGCACCGUCAACAGCACGGAGAAGCGCAUUGUCAACUUUAGCAUGAUUCAGAUUGCCCUGAUUAUCUGCAUGGGAGCGCUGCAGGUGUUUGUGGUCCGGUUCUUCUUCCAGGGCGCGCGCAAGGGCUACGUUUGA